GAAUGUCUAUAUAAAGAAGCAUAAUUUCAACGUUAAUUUCUUUCUGUUCAUUUAUCAAAACUAUCUUACAUUGCAAGCAGAAAAUCAAUUCCAACCAACUCAAUUCAUAUAGCUAAAAUGCAAUUACUUGCGUCCCUCACGCUUCUUCUACCAGCAUUCAUUGAGCUCAGCUCCGCUCUUGUUUUAUCCCCAGAAUCGUAUGAUUAUGAUAUUUCUGGAUCUGAUGGACUACGUACUGAGAAACUCAAGUCCUUGAAAGGAAUCAAGAAAACUCUUAAAAAAUCAUCCAUCAUCCCCGAUGUUCUAGAUCCUUUUAUCCCAACCUGUUACAUUCUUCCCUCUUAUUCCCCAUCUUCUUCCUCGUCUUCCUCAAAGAAAGUAAAAUUGGGCAAUAAACUCCGCCCCUCGCAGACUCAAUCCGCGCCCUCGAUCCAAGUUUUCUGUCCUGGGAAAUAUCAUGUUAAGGGUGGGUUGACUAUUAUCCUUACAGAUCCAGACGCACCUUCGAGAGAUGAUGAUAGCAUGUCUGAGAUGUGCCAUUGGAUUGCGAGGAUUCCUGAGGCUGUAGUUGGAAGGGAAGGGGUUAGUGGAGAGUGGAGUGGAAGGGAGUUGGAGGAGGUAGGGGUUGUCGAUUAUAAAGCACCAGCGCCACCAAAAGGAACAGGAAAACACAGAUAUGUAUUUGUGUUGCUAGAGGGUGAUAAUGUAGAUUUGAAGGAACCCGAGGAGAGGAAACAUUGGGGUUUCGAGAAACCAGGGAGUGGGAUUAGAGAAUGGGCAGAGAGAGAAAAUCUGACGGUUGUGGGAGCGAAUUUUCUUUAUGAAAAGUAUCAUAGGGAGGGAAAGGGGAAUAAUUUCAAUACUCAGGGGUGGUUUGAGCGGGUUUGAGAUGGGCUAGGGUUGUAUACAUAUUUGUUUGCAUCAUGGGAUUUCCUAUCAUUGGUUGGUAGGAUGGUAGCAAUUCUUCAGACCUUAAUUUCACAUCUGUAUUUCACAUCUGUAUAUUUCAUUACAACAAGAAGUUCACCGUUUGAAGAUGCACAAUUGAUAUCACGC